UAAAGAAAAAAUAAUAACUCUAUUAUUUAAGGUAUUUGUCGAAAUAUGGUUUUAAUUUAGUUAACUGAUCAUUGACCAUUAAGAAAUAGAAUUCAUCGAAGCAGCAUAAAUUUUUAAUGUUCAUGCUAUAAGUCAUAUGCGUAAACAACUUAAAUAUAAAGAGGAGCAUAUAAGUUUCCUCGUGUAGAUCGAAAAAUUUAACAAAUUUGCAGUUGGGAAAAUUCAUAAUGAGCAUUUUGUUAUUUCUCUUUUUAUAAAUGGCAUGUAAUUACAAUGAGAAGGAUAAAGAUCCUUCUUAUAAUGAGUUUCAUAAUAAAGCAGGAAUCGAUCGCAACCAAAUCCAACUUGAAGAUUCAAAAAAGAAAACAGUUGAAAAAAUUAGAAACAUUCUUAUAUCUCAGUUUAAUGAUGAAAUAAGUAAUAAACAUCAUGAAAUUAGUAAAAUUGAACGUCGUAUUCAUCAAAAUAAAAUGCUGCUUGAUCGAUUACGCGCAUACGUUGUUGCGAGCUACUAUGGCUCAGGCGAAAAAGUAAUACCUGUAUCAAAGGCUUUGCCAACUAGAAAACGAAAAAAAAGAGAAAAGGAAAACGAACUUCAAACUUCCAUCAUACCUAAUAAAAAGCUACUUGAUGAAAAACCUCAAAUACUAAAAAGUAAUUUGUUGCAGUUCUCUUCGUGUUUAAAAGAUGAAAAUGAAGUUAUAGAAAACAACAAAGAUGAGAAUAACCUGGAGAUUUCAUCUACGAAUCGAUUUUAUGUUGAAAAAAAAAUUAUUGUGGGAAAUGUAUCAAAAUACCUUCUUGCAGAAACUCGAAAAGAAAAUGACAAGUCUACUCAUAAAUGGAUGGUCUAUGUUCGUGGACCUGCUCAUGAUGCAGAUAUAUCUUCAUAUAUAAAAUCAGUGUGGUUUUUUCUUCACCCAAGCUACAUUCCAAAUGAUAUUAUACAAAUUAAUUCACCUCCAUUUCAGUUAACACGAAGAGGGUGGGGUGAAUUUCCUAUUCGAGUGCAACUACAUUUUCGUGAUCUUCGUAAUAAGAGAUUUGAUAUAAUUCAUAAUUUAAAACUUGAUAAGACUUAUACUGGUCUUCAAACCUUAGGUGCUGAAACCAUCGUAACUUUAGAGUUGCAUCGUCAUGCAAGUGAUAACGAGCGGCUUUCUGAAAUUCAUGAUAAAAAGCUAUAUGAAAAUUCAUCCAAACAACCAAUUGAAGUAUCAAUAUGUAAUAAACCUGGAUUAGUUUCUUCUGUUUCCAAAACGAAUUCUUUAAACUGUAUAUCAAAUUUCACUAACAAUGUAAUAAUUUCUACUAACACUGCAUUGGUUUCUACUAAUCCUCCAUUAAAUUCUAAUAAUCUUGCACCUUCACAUACCUUAUCAAAAGUUUCUGAAUUCAAUAGCUCAAACAUUUCAUUAACAAAACCUGCUAACUGUCUUCCAACUAUGAACAAAAAUUUAUCAAGCAAUUCUUUUAAGAAUAAGCAAACCUUUCAUAUUACUGAGCUUGACACUAUAUCAAUUUUGCAUGAACUAAUUAUAGAUGCACCACUGAUUUCAAAUAAAGAAUUAAAGGUAAAUUAUUUCACAUGUGAGUCUUAUCAAAAAUAUGCUAGUUGGUCUUUUUCUAAGCGCAGAGCAUGUGAAUGGCAGCGCGCUAUUUUUAUGAAAAAGUUAUUUAUUGAAUAUAAAACUGUCUACUCAAAGCCAGUAAUUGUUCCAAACACUAAGCAGAUAAUGAUAUGGUGCAGGCAGUAUGGGCAUGUUCCUUGUGAAAUUGAUUCAAAAGUGAUAGAUAUAAACUCUGUUUAUAGUUUCUGUCACUCUUGUGGACAGUUACAAACAGAAAUUGUCAAACCCAUUAAUGGUAACUGUUGUAGCAAAUGCAGUUUAAAUCGAAUAAAAGAAACUAACACAAGGUCAUCAUUCACAACCUACAUUAAUACUCUCUUAGAUAAAGAAAAAUCAAUGCAGGACACUGAUAAAUUGAAAAAAAAUAAUGAUAUAGGGGAUUGUACAUUUAUUGAUGUUUUGAAAAAUACUAAUGACGUUUCAGAUCAAGCUUCAAAAAAACCUCUUGUAGAAAUAGCUUCUAAUAUACAACUAGAUUGGAUAUAUGAAACUGUAAGUACGAUUAAUAUUCAUCUGCCUCUAAUAACUAUCAAUGGUAUUAAAGCUCCAGUUUUGCAUAUCAUGCUACGCAGCGCUAUGAAAGCUUUUGCAUCAGAAUUACUACGAACAUCCAAUUUUAAAGCAACUGAAAAUAAUAAAACAACUUUAGAUCCGGCUUUAAUAACAAGUAACCACGUCGUUGAAGCUGUGAAAAUUAUACCUAAGUUUGAUUUUUUAACUAACAUAAAUUUGGCAAAAGAAGUUCAAGAAAUAGUUAAUUUGUAAUGUAUUAUUUGUUUAAAAAUAUUUUAAUGUAAUUAUAAUUUUCACUCCACAU